UCGUCCUACCAUCCACCACUCUUCCGAGUUCAAAGGGGCUUGAUAGCUUUCAAGAGUGAUAUAGCUGGAAGUAAUAAUUUGAGGACGAAAUCCAUCACAAUGCAGAAACACUUCACCAAAGAGGCUUGCCCAGUGGCGGGUCCCUAUAGCCAAGCCAUCUCCAUCCCGUCUGGGCCUCUCCUGUUCGUCUCUGGCCAAAUCCCAGCUGAUGCCUCCGGCACCCUGGUGACUGGCUCCAUUGGCGAAUUGACAGCGGCAUGCUGCAAGAACAUUGAGGCAAUUCUCAAGGAAGCUGGAAGCGCACUCGAUAAGGUGGUUAAGACCAACGUCUUCCUGGCUGAUAUGUCUUCCUUCGCCGAAAUGAACGAGACGUAUGCGAAGUACUUCCCGCAUGCACCAGCGAGGAGCUGCGUCGCCGUGAAGCAAUUGCCAAAGGGUGUUCAGGUCGAGAUCGAGUGCAUCGCUCUGGGUGCUAAGUAGUGGGCAAGCGAGAUUGUAACGCAACGCGACGCAGACAAAGAAUGGAAAAUAUUCGUAUAUAACUGCUUGCAUUUGAUUGUAUCUGGAACAUCGCAUACGGUUCGCGAUCUUCUGCUCGCCAACGGAAUGUGAUGACCGUAUUUCUAGUAUGCACGUGUUUCAGGCACAAUCUAUACAUUCCCUAUCAAUUCGG